AUGGAUAUUUUCCUACAGCCGUUGAUAGUUGAGCUGAACCAACUGUGGGAAUUCGGAGUCCAGACAUUCGGCGUUCAAAGGCGACAGAAUUUCCAAAUGAAAGCGGCACUUAUGUGGACAAUUAAUGAUUUUCCUGCUUAUUCGAUGUUGUCUGGCUGGAGCACAUCUGGGAGACUGGCUUGCCCACAGUGCAUGGAAAAUACGGAAGCUUUUACGCUUAAAGGGAGUAGAAAACAGUCGUGGUUUGACUGUCACAGAAAGUUCUUGCCUCGUGGUCACCUGUACCGUCGUAAUACAACUCAUUUCCGAAAAGGAAAAACCGUAAACAAAGAAUUCGGACCGCCGAAAACGGGAGAAGAAUUGUUGGCAGAGGUGGACAGUCUGGGGUUUAUGAAGGCAUAUGAAAUUGGGGCUGAGAAAAAUAAUACUGCGAAGUCGGAAAAUUAUGGUUGGAAUAAAAAAAACCAUGCAAAAUCUAGAGAAGAGUUGAAUGACAUAUGUUCUCGGCUUGAGUUAGCAAAAGAUCCGGUUACUGGGAGAUUUCCUAAGGCAAUGUAUGCUUUGGACAGGGACGGAAAAAAGGCUUUGCUCGAGUGGAUAAAGUUAAUAAAAUUUCCAAAUGGCUAUGCGUCCAACUUGUCCAGAUGUGUCGAUACAAUCGGUAUGAAAAUGCAUGGAAUGAAAAGUCACGACUGCCACAUUUUUAUGCAAAGACUUCUGCCAAUCGCUCUCCGUGAGCUAUUACCGAAGGAAAUGUGGGAGCCUAUAAUAGAGUUGAGUAUCUUCUUUCGUGAGUUAACCUCCACGUCUCUAACAGAGAAAGAUCUAGAUCGUAUGAGCCUGGAAAUCCUAAAGAUAUUGUGUAAGCUGGAACAAGGUGACCCAAUGAUACCGGAGCGGCUACAAAGAAAUGAAGUUUCUGACAUUGAAGUCGACUACGAUGUUGACGGACUAUCUAUUUUCAAGCCGCACAGGAAAUCAGUGGGUGCUUGCCGCAAGAGAUAUCAUGAAGAUGCUGAGAUUAUUGCUGCCCGGACAUAUGUUCUGUUGAAUUGUUCAGAAAUUGAAAAUUACAGAGAGGUUUUCAAAGGCGAGUUGUGCAGAGGAAACCCUGAAAUCAGCACCUCGCAAAUUGAAGCAAAGUUCGAGAGUGACUUUGCCUACUGGUUUCAACAAUAUGUGCAAGAUCCAACUGUCUGUACCAAUCCCUUCAUUCUUAGUCUCGCUAAAGGACCUCUUAGAUCAGUCAGAACAUUUAAGGGGUACCGUGUAAACGGGUUCAAGUUUCAGACUCAAGCUUAUGGGGAGGAACAACUUACAAUGAAUAGUGGAGUCUGCGUAAGGGGAACUCAAUAUGUCGAUAGCGAAAAUGACUUUUAUGGAUUUCUGACAGACAUAAUUGAGUUAGAGUAUCCAGCACUUCCAAUGAAAACGACUGUCUUAUUAAAUGCGAAUGGUUCGACCCAGCGCAAAAUUCAGGCACAAUUAGUAACAAAAAAUACAACAUGGAUAAAGGCGCGAUUAGAGCUUGACAUGCCCGAGGGGAUUAUCCCGGCCUUUCAAGAUGACAUAGAAGAAAAUCCUCUCGUUGUUGCAACGGAAGACAAUCCGACAUAUUUGGCUGAUUAA